AUGACUUUAACUUCAAAUGUCGAAGUUGAAGUUUAUAUGGAGGAUUUGAAUGAAACAGAUGAUGAUGACUCUGAUGGAGAAGAAUAUGUUGCUUCUACAAUGGACAAAACAAUAUGGGAUCCUUUUUUGAAUGAUUUGGUACAGGGAGAAGUGGAAUUGCCUGACAUAUCAUCUGAUGAUGCUGAAUGGAGCUUUUCAAAUGAAGAAUCUGACAAAGGAGAUGAUAUAGGUCAGAAAUUUGGGGACCAAUAUCUUGUACACAACCCCAGGAUACCCUGGAAUAAAAUGGAACCACACUUGGGGGAAAAAUACGAAAGCCCAGAACAGUUCAAGCUUUGUCUAACAAAUUAUGCGGUGGCUAAUGGUUACCAAUUGAGGUUUGCCAAGUGUGAUCGUUCUAGGAUAUUAGUACGACGUGACAAAAAAAGUGAUGAGAAUAAGUGUCCAUUUAGAUGUUGGGCAUCUUGGAUGGGGAAUGAACUAACUUGGCAAGUGAAAUCUUUGGAAAAGAAACAUGUUUGUGCACGAAAAUACAACCUCGGGUCAUUGAUAACUCCGGGUUGGAUUGCUAACCAUUAUCUUAAUGACCUAAUUCGCAACCCCAAAACAAAAGUCAAAGAAAUGAAAGCUGAUUUUUUACAGAAUUAUUCUUUAAAGCUUAGCAGAGGUCAGUGUGAAAGGGCAAGGGCAUUAGCAUUCACACUAAUUGAUGGCAAGUUGACUGAUCACUAUGCUAGGAUAUGGGAUUAUGGUAAUGAAGUUUUGAGAUCACUAUCCGUGAAAAGCUCAAACCAAGAAAGCCAUCUGGAUAAGGAUGUAGGUGGAAUACUAGAUUUAGGAGCCGAAAUGGGACAAAACUCUAGUCUUUUGUUAAUUUGGAAUACUAGAUUUAGGAGCCGAAAUGGGACAAUUUAA